AUGCCGAUCGAGCGAUGGGCCGUGGUCUCCCGGAAUGGUGAAGCCGGCUGGUGCGGGCGUCGGAAGCACCAGGUGGUUUCGCACAGAGGUUCCCUGUUCCUCCUGGGUGGAUUCACGUCUGGAGGGGUGCUGGGGACUGCUGGUGCCGGCCGUAACGCCAACCUCCAUGAUGUCUGGAAGUCGACUGAUGGAGCGGCGUGGGUGCGGCUACUCGAGCACGCGCCUUGGAGCGGCAGAGACGGACACGCGGCGCUGACCCACAACGGAGCCAUUUUUCUCAUGGGCGGCACGCAGGACCCACGCAACAACUUCAGCGAUGUGUGGAGAUCGGUGAACGGCAAGGAUUGGGUCCAGAGCGCUUGCUGGGCGGCUUGA